AUGGAUAAAAGUGUUGAAUCUCUUUUUACGUCAGAUUUUUGGAGAUAAGUGAAUCAAUAAUAUUUUAUGGUAGAAACACCAAUCUCGUUGAGUGUGUUAAUGUUAGUUUUAGCUUCUCAUCUUGUAAGUAUAUAAACUUAAGGAUUGAUAGAAAAAAUAUUGAAACCUUCGAAAAAAAAUAGAUCCCAGGUUCAAAAGUUAAAUGACAAUAACUUGAGGAUGCAUUUAAGUUUAAUGUUAAUGUAAAGAGAAAAAUCAUUCGAGCCAAUUCAAGAAUUAAUUGAUGAUAUGAUUGAUAAGAUUUGCGAGUAAGAAUUAAGAGACGGCUUGGUAUCAAAUAAGGCGUUGCUCAAAAAUAUGCAUUAAUUACCUUUAGAAAAAUAAAUGGAGAUUUUAUAAUAAGAAGCGCAAAUAUUAUAAUGUAUACAGCAAUAGAUAGAUUGGCCUGAUCAAUUGGAAUAAGUGAUAAUGGAAUUGGAAGAUGAUUUGAUCAGAGUUUAAGACAAGAAUAUCAAAUAACUUAAUAAUCUUGCAGGACAUUUGGAAGAAAUCAAUAAAUAACUACUAUAUGAAUAUACAAUUAAACAAAUAAGUUAAUUUACAUUAAGAAUUUCAAGAAACCGAGUUCAACAUCAAUAGAAUGAAUUAGAGAAUCUAGAAAAAUUGAUCAUACAUUAUUAAGAUUAUUAAGCAGCUGAGUCAAUGGGAAAGGCCAUUUAUAAUCCAGAAACAAACCUUGUGACUGUUACUUUCGAUUCAUUUUUAAGCAGAACUCCAAUAGAUUUAAAACUGGAUUAAUUUCAAAAUUUCUAAAGACUUCGAGAAGUGCAAUUAGAGUUAAGCGUUUAGUAAUAGGAAAUAUAAGAAGAGGCAUAAACUAUGGUUUCGAUUCAAACUGAAAUGUGUCAUAGUUGUAGAUAAAUGAUAGAAAUAACCAAUUUAUAAUAAUGUAAAUACAAUCAUGUAAAUAUGAAUUUACAUUAAUACAAUGAGGAAAUACUGAUCUAAUAGAGAUAUGCAAUUACAUAAAAAUAAAUGCAAUAAUUCUACAUAGAUCUUUAUUCUGCUAAUUAUAUUAUAGAAAAUAAUUAAAUCCAGUGUUAAAAAUAUUUUUGUUUUAAAUGCUUGAAGUAUGAAUUUGAUUAAUAUGAUAUUUCUGAGCCCAACUGGAUUUGUCCUUUAUGCAAGGGAUUAUGCACAUGUAUUAGAUGCUAAAGAACUGAUUCUAUUUACAAAUUAAAGAGAACCUUUUUGGAGAUUGGAGGUAACUUAGAUACCAUGUAUUAAUAAUCAAUCUUUGAGAUGUUAGUUGAAAACAAAAGAAAACUAAUUUAAAAUAUUCCAUUAGAUUUCAUAAAUAUUUAAAAAUUGCAAUCAGAAAAUGAAGAGACACUUACUCCAAAAGGUUUAUGUUAGAACAAGAAUAGGAUAAAUAAAAAGAUCAAAAAAAAGAAGAGCAGUGAAACUACAAUAGUUGGAAAAACAUAAUCAUUGAUUAUGGAUACAUCUUCAUCAUCAAUUAAAAUCAAGAAAAUAAAGGAAUAUAAGCGACUUAUUCCUAAUGAAAGUACUAUUUUUUUAUAAUGA